CUGUGAGGAACCGCUAGGAUUGGCUAGCAGAUCAUUUCUCCAAUACCUUAAAAGAACUUGCUCUUUUCCUAGACGAGUUUUUCCUCUGGACACACAACAGUACACAGGACUAUUUCCAUUGCUUGCCCCUCUUUCACUAAGUUGAUUCUUCUUCCCCCUCAAAUUAAUUUGGAUUCUUUGAUAUUUUAGGAAUCUUUCUAAAAAAUUUACCAUUUUAUAAAUCAAAAUGGGGAAUAUGGAUGGGAAGGCAGUAGAGGAACUAAGUGCCACCGAGAUCCACCAAUGGUACAAGAAAUUUAUGACGGAAUGUCCUUCUGGUCAGCUUACACAGUAUGAGUUCAAGCAGUUUUUUGGUUUCAAGAACUUGAGUCCAGCCUCCAACCAAUACAUCGAGCAAAUGUUUGACACCUUCGAUUUUAACAAGGAUGGAUAUAUGGAUUUCAUGGAGUAUGUAGCAGCCCUGAGUUUAGUGCUGAAAGGCAAGGUUGAGCAGAAGCUGAAAUGGUAUUUUAAGCUUUAUGAUGUGGAUGGAAAUGGCUGCAUUGAUAGAGGGGAACUUCUAAAUAUAAUCAAGGCUAUUAGGGCCAUAAACAGGUGCAACGAAGACAUGACUGCAGAGGAAUUUACGGAUAUGGUUUUUGACAAAAUUGACAUCAAUGGAGAUGGUGAACUAUCACUGGAAGAGUUUAUAGAGGGAGUACAGAGAGAUGAAUUCCUCCUUAACGUGUUAACGCGCAGUCUGGAUCUCAAACACAUUGUCCACAUGAUCCAAAACGAUGGUCAGAAUAUUAAUUCGGAAUCAGACAGGCAGGAAAUCAACGGAAAUGUACACUAAUGAACAUUUUAUGUAUGCAUUGUAUUAAAUGUGUAAAUCACAAACUGGUCUAAAAACCAGUAAGAAAUGCUGCAUUAGUAGCAUUGCCAAAACUGCCAAAAUUAUUGCCUCUUUAAAGAUUCAUGAAAUCUGUUAUUGCCAGUAUAUGUUAACCGUAAAAGGUUUAACUGAAUAUGUAACAAAUACAUUGUGAAAUUAUUAUAAGACAGAAAGUCAGUACUGCUACCUACACCUAUAGCAUUCAUUUUUAAUAUGGAACGAUAGAAAGAUGGUACAGUCCGGAACAUUGCUGCAUGUUAUUAAAAAUAAGGUUGCCUUUGAGAAGAAGGACUGAAACCUGCCUUGUCAGGACACUGGAUGUGCUUCCGUCAUAUGUGUGGUCUGUUGGUUUGGAAUAAUGACAGUAGUUAGGACAAUUAUUUUGAACUUCUCUCAUUUACAAUAAUUUAUUUGCUUAAUUCAUCAGACAACAAUCUCAAACAAUAUAUUUUCUAUGCCAGCCUUUCUUCACCUUCCAGCCUGUUGUCACUGUGAAAUCUAUAUCAUCUAUCUAUCUAUCUAUCUAUCUAUCUGUCAUCUAUCUAGCUAUCUAUUAUCUAUUUAUCUAUCAUCGAUGUAUAUAUCUUUCAUAUAUCUAUCUAUUGCUAUCUAGCUCUAUCUAUCUAUCUAUCUAUCUAUCUAUCAUCUAUCAACAGCAAUCAAAUCUAAUCCAUCUCCAUCCAUUUCUAUAUAUUUUUCAUUUAAUCUAUUCUUCCCUAUCUAUGUCUGUCAAUCUUUUUAUGUAUCCAUACCUCCAUUUGCAUAUGACUAUUUGUCUCACCCCUACAUUCUAUUCCCUUAUUUAGCUACCUCCUUACCUAUUUGUAUAGUUAACUAUAUUAUAUUGACUUCAUCGUUAUACCUAUCCUUUACACAUACCUCUUUUUCCUUAAUAAUAAUAAUAAUAAUAAUAAUAAUAAUAUAAAUAGCAGCAGCUUUUUAUCUAUACAAAAGACUAUCACUUUCUGUUCAUGAUAAUUAAAAGGUGUUCUAGCAAAAUAAAUCACCAAUCUGGUAUAAUCAAAAGCACAGAAUAUAUCUGGAUAACACAGAAUUCACUAACUGGCUAACAGUUCCAAUAUGUAUCUGUACAGCAUACAUGUAAAUGUCUUUCAACCCAACAUAUAAAGGAGAAUUGAUUUACAUAUUGUAUAUGUAUUAUUACCGUGCUGUUUCAGUUUAACGAGCUAAGAAAAAUGUUGUGUAGUGUGAUGCAAUUACAUAAACUAUUAUUUUGAUGUA